AUGUUUUCAUUAUCAAUAGGAAAAAACAGUAUAAAACAGCUAAAAGAGUUAAACGAGAAAAGUGCCAAAUUGACAGAAGAUAUUGCAAAUUUAGUAAACAAUCUGAAACCUUUAGAAUUUGAAUCUUACACCGACUAUUUUUUGAUCAACACUUUCCAAAAGGGCAUCUCUGAAAGUGGCAAAGUAGAUAUAAAUGACAUUAGAAGAAGGGAUCACACUAGGUACUAUAAAAAGAUUAAGCAUGACGAAGAUGCCACGACAACGGCAUUGAAUGGUUCAUCAGUUAAUACUUCCAAGUCACCUACGCCCACAUUGAAUGACGAUUUUCCAAAGAUAAAAUUAGGCCCAAAUGAAGAUGACGAUCGAGAAUCAAGAAGUAACUCAUCAGACUAUAUAGAAGAUAAAAAACCAAAUGAAAAAGUAACAAAAAACAGUAGAUCUACGGUGGCUGAUCAUAAUAUUAGAAGAUCAUCAAGACUUUCACAAAAAGAGCAACUUGAGAAACAAAAAAAUGAAACAGAGGAGGCGGCGAAAGAAGCAGCAGAAGCAGAACAAGACUCUGCCGAUAUAAAAAUUGCCGAUUUGUAUGAAUCACUAGUACCAAAAAUAGUAGACCCAAGUAGGAGGUCAGAUUGGGUUCUACCGCCACGUUUUAGAUUUACUCCAGAGAAACAAUAUCGAACAAAAGCAGAUUAUGAACAUAUCAAGAUCAAUGAGUUGAUCGCCAAUAAAAAAAUCAGAACUGUUCUUUCCAAAUUUGAUGGUGGGGUAGCUGGUAUACGCAAAAGAGAUUGGAAUUCAGUAGCGGACGACUAA